AUGUCAAUCUCUCAAUCUAUCUUGAAGUCUGUCUCCGUGCGUCUCAGAUCUUUCAGACUCGAAUCAUACGAUAUGUCCGACGAUGGGAACGACUCCGACACGUCGGAGCUCCCUCCCAACAGCACAAAGUCCAUGCCCGAAGGGUCUUGGAAGUGCUGCGAGUGCAGCGAGAACAACAACAGCGAGCUAUGCGGAACGGAUGAGAACGACAAUAUGAAGUGCAACGCAACGCCUUGUAAUCACACAAAGUGUGACGACUGUUCAGACCCGGAUUGA